ACGUUAUUAACUGCAGGCACUGAACAAUCGGAGACCAAGUUCCCCUCAGAUCGACAAUCAACUGCCCAGAACACAUCCUUCCAAAGAUCCAGAGUUUGCAGGAGAGCUAUGGAUUGCUACAGAAGAUAUGCGGCUGUCAUUCUGGUCAUGCUGUCCAUGGUCCUGCAUAUUCUUCAUUCUCUUCCUGAUGGAGACCUUAUUAUUCAGGGUUGUCCAGAAUGUAAACUAAAGGAAAACAAAUACUUCUCCAAGCUGGGUGCCCCCAUCUAUCAGUGUAUGGGCUGUUGCUUCUCCAGGGCAUACCCGACUCCCGCAAGGUCCAAGAAGACAAUGUUGGUUCCAAAGAAUAUUACCUCGGAGGCCACGUGCUGUGUGGCCAAAUCAUUUACUAAGGCCACAGUGAUGGGAAAUGCCAGAGUGGAGAACCACACAGACUGCCACUGUAGUACUUGUUACUACCACAAGUCGUAGCUUCCAUGAGUGCCAAGGGCUGCGCUGACGACUGCUGACCCGUGCGAUGGCGCUGAGUGUCGCCACCUCCUCCUUACCAGACUUCUGACACGCUUCGGCCAUACACUGCUGCUUUCCUGUCACGUCCCUUAUACUUCAGUACCACCGACAGUCUCUUCUCAUUAGGGGAAAAUGUGUAUCUACCAUGGUCCCAUCAGAAAUAAAGCCUUUUCAAUCAUCA